AUGGAGUGUCAGCCGAGCGAUAGUAAAAAAUUAUUUAAAGUUUUUGAUGCAUCAAAACGUAAACGCACCAGGAAAAAACGUGAAGGAGAUGACAGUAACUCGAUAGCUACAGAUGAUUCUGCAGGCGAUUGUCAAGGUAACGGGCGUCGGAUAAAUUCUGCUAAGGCGAGUCUUCAGAACAUUUUUCUAUCAAAGCUAAAUUUUUAAUUAAAAUAUAUAAUAAAAAACUUCAGAGACAGAGACAGCAGCCCGUCGGUAUCUCGCUCACCGGCUGACCCACACCGUCUGUCUCGCUCGCCACGACGUCACCGACGGCCUACGCGAGACGGUAUAUCUCUGGCUCUAAAAGCUGGUCUUGUGUCAACGCCAAGAUCUCUGUCUCCUAACCCGCAGGCGGGAGAUGACAUAAUUUCAUCAAUUCCAAAGGAUCAAGAUUCAUUUAUUUAUGCUUUUCUGGAAGAAGCUGUUAAAAGAGAUAAAAAAAAACACAGACAUAGUAAGCAUCGUGAGGGUCGACGCUCAAAUCACGCUCGCGAUGCAUCUGAGUCAAAGGAUCGUCGACACCAGCAUCGGAGACACCGAGAAGAGACUAGAGAACGGGACAAGCAUGCUAAGAAGGAAGAAACCCCUACAUUAGAUCAAGCAGCACUUUUUGAAACGUUUGCGAAACUGUGUGCCCAGAUGAAUGAGAAAACUGCACAUUUUGCCACUGCUAACCAAGUUGCUCGUUCUCAAAGUCAUAAAUCAUUACAAUGUGAAGUGGUAUCUCGUCGUGAUUUACUUGAAGACACUCAACGACUAGAACGUCUUCGUGGUCGAAAUUAUUCCAGAGACAAUCUUUCGCCUUCGAGAAUACGUAGCCACGAACAUGUUCGCAGCAGAAAUCGAAGUCAAGAUACUAUUGCUGUGCCCAUAGACGAUCGAAAGGAGAAAUGUGUCUGUUGCGAUCCAUAUGACAAGCAAAUGCCUAAAUAUUCGAGCAAAAUGAAUAUAGAAACGAAGCAUUAUGAAGAUGAUAGGUUUAGAUGUUACCCUCCCGAUAUGUGUCCGACAAAAAGUUGUGUAAAUGGAAAGUACAGAUCUAGUGUACCAGAACGAAGAGACAUCAGAUCAUACGAUGAGCGAAAUAGAAAGUAUGAUGACAGACGGCGACAAUGCGAGCAUAAGGCUAGUCGAAGUUUUGAUAUGCAAAGAGAGCCAUAUACUGACGAUAGAAAUUAUAGAAGAACAGCCAGAAGCGAUGGAAUUAAGGACACAAGUUACGAUGACCGAGAAUAUAUAGAGAGAAGACACGAAGAGAGAAAGAUCAGGGAAAAAUAUUACGAUAAAGACGUUCAAGAGCGAAAUUUUUCUCACUUGCCGAGUAAAGAGCACAGGUCAAGGAGGAACUUGGAAAAAUUUGAACGUGCUUCAGUUGUUUCGAGAGAUGAAGAUUAUAGAGAUAGAUAUUCAGAGAGGGAAAGAGAUUCAGGUUUGAGUGUGGCGGACGGUGAGACGAGUACGAUAAGCGGACGGAGCAAUUAUUUGCGUGUUGUUAAGCAAGAGAUAUCAGAGCAACGUGAAGCAAUGGACAAAAUGAUGAAAUUGUGGAAAGAAUUGAUGAGGUGCUUUAAGGGUAUCUCGCAAACUCAGAGUCCAAAUAAAGUUAAUGAGCCGGCGGCUAAUAUGCGUGAAUCAGCCGCCGAACAACUACGUCUGUGGCGCGAGUGUAUGCGACGCUACGAGACUGUUGCUCGCGAUGUCGGCGACACUGACGCGAGACUAAUGGAGGAAAUAAACAAGCAGAGGUCUGAAAUGUCUGAGAUGGCGAACAUGUGGCAGGAGUGUCUGCAACGUUACCGCGACAUGAGCAACGAUUUCAAUAAUCUCAAGCAACAGCUGGCAACAUCGGAGAGCCCUACGCGCGCCGGUCCGCCGCUUGUGUGCGCGGAAGGCGAAGGCCCACCGGUGGCGCCCUACCGCCUGCCGCCCACGUAUCCUGCUGUAUGCCUCCCCCCGCAGGCGCCCCCGCUCCCCCCCGGCUACGCGGGCUCGCCGCUGCGCGCGCGCGCCUCCGCGCCGCCCGCGUGGUGGUGGGCGCCCGAGCGCUCGCCGCGCCGCCGCUCCUCGCCCGACUCGCGCGCCGACCGCGAGCGGCGACACCGCCACAAGGAGAGAGAGCGAGAUGAUACGAGAUACAAAGAAAAGUCGAAACCAAGCGGCGCGCGUUCCGAACAUAGACACAGGAAAAGAUGAGAUAUAAAUAAAAAACAGUUGCCCAUAAAAAAAAACAAAAAAAAAAUCCGUAUAUGUAUGUCCUACUUCUAAUUUUAAAUGUGUAAGAGUAGUUUAUUGAAAUUUUUAAAACAUUGUUACUUUCAAGAACCCCUAUCCUGAAAUAUAUGUCCCAAAUUAAUAAUAAGUAAUUAAAAUACCUACCAGUGA